CCGCCCCUCCGCCUGUCGCCCGUCUCCGCCGCCGCUCCCGCUCGCCAUGCUCUCCGUCCGCGUCCCGCUCGCCACCAUCGCUGAUCAGCAGCAGCUGCAGCUGUCGCCGCUGAAGCGGCUCAGCCUGGCUGACAAGGAGAACACGCCCCCGACCCUCAGCGGGACCCGCGUCCUGGCCAGCAAGGCCGCGAGGAGAAUCUUCCAGGACCCCGCCGAGCUGGAAACUAAAGUACCCGCCAACCCCAGCGUUGAGGAUGAGCCGUUACUGAGAGAAAACCCCCGCCGCUUCGUUGUCUUUCCCAUCGAAUACCAUGAUAUCUGGCAGAUGUACAAGAAAGCCGAGGCCUCCUUCUGGACGGCUGAAGAGGUGGACCUUUCCAAGGAUAUUCAGCACUGGGAAGCUCUGAAACCCGACGAGAGACAUUUUAUAUCUCAUGUUCUGGCUUUCUUUGCGGCAAGUGAUGGCAUAGUCAAUGAAAACCUGGUGGAGCGAUUUAGCCAAGAAGUUCAAGUCACAGAGGCCCGUUGUUUCUAUGGCUUUCAAAUUGCCAUGGAAAACAUACACUCUGAAAUGUACAGUCUCCUUAUUGACACUUACAUUAAGGAUUCCAAAGAAAGAGAGUAUCUCUUCAAUGCUAUUGAAACCAUGCCCUGUGUGAAGAAAAAGGCCGACUGGGCCUUGCGUUGGAUUGGGGACAAGGAGGCUACGUAUGGAGAGCGUGUUGUGGCCUUUGCAGCGGUGGAAGGAAUCUUCUUCUCUGGCUCUUUUGCAUCGAUAUUCUGGCUCAAGAAGCGGGGACUGAUGCCCGGCCUUACGUUUUCCAAUGAGCUUAUUAGCAGAGACGAGGGUUUACACUGUGACUUUGCCUGCCUGAUGUUCAAGCACUUGGUACACAAGCCAUCGGAGCAGAGAGUGAAAGAGAUAAUUGUCAACGCAGUUAGGAUCGAGCAGGAGUUCCUCACGGAAGCUUUGCCUGUGAAGCUCAUUGGGAUGAAUUGCACUUUGAUGAAGCAGUACAUCGAAUUCGUGGCCGACAGGCUUAUGCUGGAGCUGGGAUUUAACAAGAUUUUCAGAGUAGAAAAUCCAUUUGACUUCAUGGAAAAUAUUUCACUAGAAGGAAAGACAAACUUCUUUGAGAAGCGAGUAGGCGAGUACCAGAGGAUGGGUGUGAUGUCAAGUUCAACAGAGAAUUCUUUUACCUUGGAUGCUGACUUCUAAGUAAACUGAUCAUGUGCUCUUUGCUGAUUUUUCUCCCCUUAUGAUUAAAAUCAGCAGAAACAACCAACUGGCUACACCAUGAAUUGUCAUUAAAUUUGUCAGCAGGUGUCUAAAAACUGUGUAGCUACCUCAGUCCAGCCUGCUUAUGCUAGGCGUGUCAUUGGAAAGGAUGAUUAAAACAAAGGUAUUUGCAUUCGUAGGGGAGGUCCUGUCCUUGGCUUUUACAAGCAGUAUCGGCACCACCUUUAACUUCAUCAAAGCUCCAACAGCACUGGUCCAGGCUUUUUACGAGAGGUGACCCUUAGCAAGCAGGAUUAAACGUUUAGAUGCCACAAGGCUGUUUCAAGAAGUCAGCCUCCCUCACUGCUUCCUGCACACAUGCAGCGUUUACUUAACAAGUUUGUAUAUAAAACUGGCACUUUGCACACAUAGUACUGCUAAGGUAGGGACGCCUGGUUUACUUGGUUUCUAGGCCAAGCAGGAAGUGUUCCAUUUACCACUGAUGGCAGUCCCUUCCAAGUCUAAGAGACUAAGUUGGUGUUGAAUAAGCAUGUCAUUUCCAGGCUUUGUUCCUUAGUGCUUCUUCAGCUUUGAAGUCAGUCAGUCCUGUGCAAUCUCGGCAUUAGCUUGCUGGUGCCAGUCAGAUACAGGGUGUGUUACCCAUAGACUGGGGCAUCCCCUGCUUCAAAAGUAUUUCAGCAUAGAGAACUCCAACUUUGAAUCACUAGAAACUUAGCCAUGAUUUGGAACACCUGCCUUUUAUGUUAAAAAAACAAACAGUAUGUUUUGUGUUUCUGUCCCCCCCACCCCCAAGUUGUGCUUUGCCCCAUUUCUAGUCAGUGUGGAGUCUUGAAAGGACGUCAUAGGACUUUACUGUAGUGAGCACAGUUAUGCUCCUGUCAGUGGUAAAGUCAGGGCUGAAAUUGGCUUUCCUGAAAGUUGUGUCUGUUCUCAUUUUUAUUAGGUACUAUUGAAACUUGAUCCAUUUAUUUGAAAUUACAGGUUUUUUUUUUUUUUAAUACUCAGUAUUAUCUUGAAGUUUGCAAAUGCUAGGAUAGUACUGUAAAUUCUGACAUUUGCCUAAAACAUGAGUGUCACAUGGUGGUUUAUUUAAGACGGUAUAACUGUAUCUCUGGCUUGGCUUGGAAACUGAUAUGUAGACCAGGUUAGCCUCAAACUUGCCUGUGUCUCCCAAAUACUGGGAUUAAGGUUUGUGCCAACAUACCUGGUGAAUUCCCAAACACCAGAUGUUCAUGUGUGUUCCAUUCAGACUCCUUUCAAACUGAAAUACAAGUCAAUAGAUACAGUGAAUAGCUAGUUCAAAUUAAUCUGCUUUUAUGUGCAUUAAUCUGUUUUUUUGUUUAGGGAAAAGAGCAAAAGCCAUAAUUCACCUAGUGAGUUUGAGGCCAGUUGGGGGCACAUAAGUGGGAUUGUCUUAAACCAAAAUAAUAAAAGCAAGUGUGACCUGGACUUGUGAUGUACAUUGCUUUCUAGCCUUCUUGUUAACUGCUAUCAUAUCAGCCCUACCCUGACUAGUCUAUUGUAUAGUUUUACAUAUUAUUUCUGUAAUAUGAGAUCCCAUUGUACCUUUUAAAUUAUUGUUACCUACAGUUAAUAAACUCAAAGUCUCAAAUU